AUGGCGGCAAUGCUGGCGCUGCGUGAUUAUGGGGACUCCGACAGUGCAGAGGAAGAAGGGGAGAGCGGAGAGAGAACCAGGCCUAGAGAAGGGCAAACAGAAUCCCCGGAGCUCGUCACUCCUUUUCACUCCACUUUUAAGUUAAAUAAAUCUCUUGGUCCUCUCACCCUCAACGCUGCACCUGAAGUAGCUCCCAACGAUUCUUUGGAUCGUAGACUCCAUAUUGACCCAACAACCAAGGAGUUGAGCUACAAUCCCAAAUAUGAAGAGCUGUUUGCCCCACAUGUUGGACCUCUAAAUCCAUUCCUAACACAGCAACAAAGAGCACACAAGAAUACUCUCUCUGGAUUUGUUGAACCGGCCCAUCUCAAUGAAUUCCAAUUUGAAAACCAAAGGAGAACUUUUCAAAGCUAUGGUUAUGCAGUAGACCCUACAGCAGAGAUUGGAGAGGUUGAGAAAGGAGAGAUCAUUGGUGAUGUAGAAGCAGCAAAGGAGCAGAAGUUGAAGACAGUAUUUGAAUCCACAAAACUUCGGGAAGCUGACAAGCGUAAGAGAGUAAAAAACUCUGACCCCUCUGAUGUUGAGGGUUAUCUGGGACCCUGGGGUGGCUUUGUUGGUGAGCAGCGUGUCAUCAAGCCCACUCCGGAAGAGGCUGAGGAACUGGAGGAGUACUUGGCCAAACGGCAGAAACGAGGGAAGCAUGUUGAUGAUAAACCUAUGGAAGAGAAGACCAUCUUGCACAUUAAAGAUGACAAAGAUUACAUGGGUCGGAGCUUCCUCCACAUCCCACAAGAUGUUGGGAUCAACCUAAGGGCUGAGGAGCCCCCUGCAAAAUGCUUUCUGCCUAAAAAACUCAUUCACACCUGGCAGGGGCAUACAAAGGGGGUAUCUGCCAUCAAAUGGUUCCCUAAGUCAGCACAUCUACUCCUCUCAGCCUCUAUGGAUACUAAAAUCAAGAUCUGGGAGGCCUACGGUCAGAGGAGAUGCAUUCGUUCAUACAUUGGACAUCGACAGGCAGUUAGAGAUAUCUGCUUUGACAAUUCUGGUCAGAAUUUCCUAUCUGCCUCAUAUGACCGAUUCAUCAAACUCUGGAACACUGAAACUGGGCAAUGUAUUUCCAGGUUUACAAGUCGUAAGGUGCCCUAUUGUGUCAAGUUCAAUCCUGAUGAGGAGAAGCAGCAUCUGUUUGUGGCUGGCACCUCAGACAAGAAGAUAGUCUGUUGGGACACCCGAAGUGGGGAGAUUGUUCAGGAAUAUGAUCGGCACCUGGGUGCAGUGAAUACCAUCACUUUUGUUGAUGACAACCGCCGGUUUGUCUCUACCUCUGAUGACAAGUCCAUUCGAGUUUGGGAAUGGGACAUCCCUGUGGACAUGAAGUACAUAGCAGAUCCAUCAAUGCAUUCCAUGCCAGCUGUGACUCUCUCUCCAAAUCAGAAGUGGUUGGCCAUGCAGAGCAUGGACAACAAAAUUGCCAUCUUCUCAGCCAUCAAUCGCUUCAAGUACCACCGAAAGAAGACCUUCAAGGGCCACAUGGUGGCUGGAUAUGCAUGCUCCAUUGAUUUCUCUCCUGAAAUGAGUUUCUUAAUCUCUGGUGAUGCAGAUGGAAAGGUCUUUGUCUGGGACUGGAAGACAACCAAAUUAUUGACAAAAUGGAAGGCACAUGACAAUGUGUGCAUUUCAGUUCUCUGGCAUCCUCAUGAAACUUCCAAAGUAGUCUCAGCCGGCUGGGAUGGACUCAUCAAAUACUGGGACUGAUCAAAUGGUAUGGAAAAAUUUAAACAAAAUCUGUGCAUGAUGAAACUUUACUAAGGUUAACACUUCACUAAGCAAGCUAUUGUUUUGUUUUUGCCAAAUUGAACUUGAAGGGGUAGGAAUCAGAAGUUGGAUGCAAUGUGGGAUUGUUCAAAGCGAUUCAGUUGUAGGGGAAUGAGGUCAUAAGCAACCUCUUGUCCCAUUGCCCAAGAUGCCAGCACCUUGCCAAUAUAUGGAGAUAGCUUGAACCCCAUGCCUAGAAGGGGAUAAUAAUAGUGAGAAAUGAGAAAGUAACUUGCUUAGUAUAUUGCUUAGAAUUAAAUCAUCUUGACCAAUAUUUCUUGUAAUGAAAUUUUACCUGAGAAUCCAGUGGCAAAGGAAAUGUUUGGCCAUUGUGGAUGUCGAUCCAGAAUGGACAUCUUGUCUGGAGUCAUCUGCUUGUCAGAUUUGAGUUGCAUGGCAGUAAGUUUUGAAUUAUCCAAAACAAGGAUGAAAUGAAUGAGAAAAUGUUCAGGUACAGACGGUGUACAUGCAGGUCUCGACGAUAGCUGGUCGAGGAUCCAAACCAGGAAGAUGAGCUGCAACAAAUCUAGAUGUCCUCUCAACCUCGGCAGAUACAUCUCCCAUGUCCCUCAAGUCUGGGUCCACUGCCACUCCAUGAUCUGGUGCCACCUUCCCAUCAACAGUUAUGACCAGCUUGUGCACUCAGUGCUAAUGCAUUACCUUAUUGCAUCCCAUGGAUUUUUUCUUUGGAUUAUGGGCAUCAUUAAAUUUAUUUUCCA